CUCCAGGCUAAUAAAUUGGUUAUGAUAGAACAAGAGACCAAUUUGGAAAAAUCAUCUUUUCCUUCUCUAACUGGACAGCAGCAUUUGCCUUGUAACUGUGACAAGUUGACAAUACUAGCAGUGACAAAGUCAUGGUCACCCAACUUGGAAGUAACAGAGUUGGGUGAUUUAUCCAUCUGUCAGAGGACGUGUCCAAUGAAAAGUAGCUGUGGUGUUGACCAGUUUCAUAUAAAAAUUGACAUUGUGACACUGAGCUGGGGAGGGGAGACGGGAGAAGGACUCGGAAGGGGAGUGUUCUUCUAUGUGCUGUCAGGGAGAAGUGCCUGCUGCCUCUCCAGCUGGCUUUGGAAUCCAAGAAUGUGAAACUGGCCCAACAUGCUUUGGCAGGGAUGCAGAAGCUGCUGUCAGAAGAGAGGUUUGUAUCCAUGGAAACAGACUCUGAUGAGAAGCAGCUGCUCAAUCAGAUCCUGAAUGCCGUGAAAGUGACGCCUUCGCUUAAUGAAGACCUGCAGGUGGAAGUGAUGAAGGUGUUACUGUGCAUCACCUACACCCCGACCUUUGACCUGAAUGGGAGCGCUGUGCUGAAGAUCGCGGAGGUGUGCAUUGAGACGUACACCUGCAGCUGUCACCAGCGUAGUAUAAACACUGCUGUGCGAGCAACUCUCAGCCAAAUGCUGAGUGACUUGACUUUGCAGUUACGGCAAAGGCAGGAGAACACGAUAAUUGAAAAUCCAGGUGUCCCACAAGAAUUCAGGAGUCAAGGGUCAACAGUAGAGGCCCUCUGUGAUGAUGUGGUCUCUGUCCUCACUGUCCUGUGUGAGAAGUUACAAGCCUCCAUAAAUUCUGGAGACUGCAAGUCCAAGAUCAAGGUGUCACCAGGUGACAGCCAGCAGCUGCAGCUUCUGUACCUGGAGUGCAUUCUAUCCAUGCUCAGCAGCUCCUCCCCUUCCAUGCACCUGCACAGGGGCUUCACUGAUCUCAUCUGGAAGAACCUCUGCCCCGCCCUCAUCGUCAUCCUGGGGAACCCCAUUCAUGACAAAACCAUCACCUCUGCGCACAGCAGCAGCAGCAGCGCCAGCGUUGAGCCGGACUCUGCCGCCCCGGCUGUUUCUGACCAUGGCCGGGGCUCGGGCUGCUCCUGCACAGCGCCAGCCCUCAGCGGGCCAGUGGCUCGCACCAUCUAUUACCUCGCCGCUGAGCUGGUUCGGCUGGUGGGGUCGAUGGACUCCAUGAAGCCCGUGCUCCAGUCCCUCUACCACCGCGUGCUGCUGUAUCCACCACCCCAGCACCGCGUGGAAGCCAUCAAGAUCAUGAAAGAGAUCUUCGGGAGCCCACAGCGUCUCUGCGACUUGGCAGGUCCCAGUUCCACUGAGCCAGAACCCAGAAAAAGAUCAAUUUCCAAAAGAAAAUCUCACUUGGAUCUUCUCAAACUCAUCAUGGACGGCAUGACCGAAGCGUGCAUCAAGGGCGGCAUCGAAGCCUGCUACGCUGCGGUGUCCUGCGUCUGCACCCUGCUGGGGGCCCUGGAAGAGCUCAGCCAGGGCAAGGGCUUGAGUGAGGGUCAAGUGCAGCUGCUGCUCCUGCGCCUCGAAGAGCUGAGGGACGGGGCCGAGUCCAGCCGAGACUCCAUGGAGAUCAACGAGGCUGACUUCCGCUGGCAGCGGCGAGUGCUGUCCUCAGAGCACACGCCGUGGGAAUCAGGGCACGAGAGGAGCCCUGACAUCAGCAUCAGUGUCACCACAGACACAGGCCAGACCACCUUGGAAGGAGAGUUGGGUCAGACGACCCCAGAGGACCACACAGAGAACCACAAGAAUGGGCUCAAAUCACCAGCCAUCCGAGAGGACAAGGAGACGCUGGGCAAAGUGUCAGAACCAGAGCCAGUAGACCAGCCUGACGUGGUUCAGAGAAGCCACACGGUGGCUUACCCGGACAUCACUAACUUCCUGUCUGUGGACUGCAGGAUGAGGUCCUAUGGAUCUAGGUACAGUGAGAGCAACUUCAGUGUAGAUGACCAAGACCUGUCGAGGACAGAAUUUGAUUCCUGUGAUCAGUACUCAAUGGCAGCAGAGAAGGACUCGGGCAGGUCUGAUGUGUCUGACAUCGGGUCGGACAACUGUUCACUGGCUGAUGAAGAGCAGACCCCGAGGGACUGCCUGGGCCACCGGUCCUUUCGAACAGCAGCUCUGUCUCUCAAACUGCUGAAGAACCAGGAGGCGGACCAGCACAGCGCCAGGCUGUUCGUGCAGUCCCUGGAAAGCCUCCUUCCUAGGCUCCUGGCUCUCCCCACUGUGGAAGAGGUAGACUCCGCCCUCCAGAAUUUUGCCUCCACUUUCUGCUCAGGCAUGAUGCACUCUCCCUGCUUUGACGGGAGCAGCAGCCUGUGCUUCCAGAUGCUGAUGAACGCGGACAGCCUGUACACAGCCGCACACUGCGCCCUGCUCCUGAACCUGAAGCUCUCCCACGGUGACUACUACAGGAAGCGGCCGACCCUGGCGCCUGGCAUGAUGAAAGAGUUCAUGAAACAGGUGCAGACCAGCGGGGUGCUGAUGGUCUUCUCCCAAGCCUGGAUCGAGGAGCUAUACCACCAGGUGCUUGAGAGAAACAUGCUUGGAGAAGCUGGCUACUGGGGCAGCCCUGAGGACAACAGCCUUCCCCUCAUCACCAUGCUGACCGAUAUCGAUGGCUUAGAGAGCAGUGCAAUCGGUGGCCAGUUGAUGGCCUCAGCUUCUUCAGAGUCUCCUUUCACCCAGAGCAGGAGAAUUGACGACUCCACGGUGGCAGGUGUGGCAUUUGCUCGCUAUAUUCUGGUUGGCUGCUGGAAGAACUUGAUUGAUACACUAUCAACCCCCCUGACUGGCCGUAUGGCAGGGAGCUCCAAAGGGCUGGCCUUCAUUCUGGGAGCUGAAGGCAUCAAAGAGCAAAACCAAAAGGAACGUGACGCCAUCUGCAUGAGCCUGGAUGGGCUGCGGAAGGCUGCCCGGCUGAGCUGUGCCCUAGGGGUUGCUGCUAACUGCGCCUCAGCCCUUGCCCAGAUGGCCGCUGCCUCCUGUGUCCAGGAAGAAAAAGAGGAAAAAGAAGUCCAAGAACCCAGUGAUGCCAUAGCACAAGUGAAACUAAAAGUGGAGCAGAAACUGGAGCAGAUGGGGAAGGUGCAGGGGGUGUGGCUGCACACAGCCCACAUCUUGUGCAUGGAUGCCAUCCUCAGCGUAGGCCUGGAAAUGGGAAGCCACAACCCGGACUGCUGGCCACACGUGUUCAGGGUGUGUGAGUACGUGGGCACGUUGGAGCAUACCCACUUCAGUGACGGCACCUCACAGCCCCCUCUGACCAUCAGCCAGCCCCAGAAGGCAUCGGGGGGCUCUGGACUCCUUGGGGACCUUGAGAGUGAGGGUCCCUCCCAGGAGCAGAGCUUGGAGCAGGGACCUUCCCUGAGCACGGCCCCUGUGGUCCAGCCCCUCUCCAUCCAAGAGCUGGUCCGGGAAGGCAGCCGGGGCCGGACCUCUGAUUUCCGUGGUGGCAGCCUCAUGAGUGGGAGCAGUGCAGCCAAGGUGGUCCUCAGCCUCUCCACCCAGGCUGACAGGCUCUUUGAAGAUGCUACAGAUAAGCUGAACCUAAUGGCUUUGGGAGGUUUCCUUUACCAGCUGAAGAAAGCAUCCCAGUCCCAGCUUUUCCAUUCUGUUACUGAUACAGUCGAUUACUCUCUGGCAAUGCCAGGAGAAGUGAAAUCUACCCAAGACAGAAAAAGCGCACUCCACCUCUUCCGCCUGGGGGAUGCCAUGCUGAGGAUCGUGCGGAGCAGGGCACGGCCCCUGCUGCAUGUGAUGCGCUGCUGGAGCCUCGUGGCCCCGCACCUAGUGGAGGCUGCCUGCCAUAAGGAGAGACACGUGUCCCAGAAGGCAGUUUCCUUCAUCCAUGACAUCCUGACAGAGGUUCUCACCGACUGGAACGAGCUGCCUCAUUUUCACUUCAAUGAAGCACUCUUCCGACCUUUUGAGCGUAUCAUGCAGCUGGAGUUGUGUGAUGAAGAUGUCCAAGACCAGGUGGUCACAUCCAUCGGUGAGCUGGUUGAAGUGUGCUCCACGCAGAUCCAGUCGGGAUGGAGACCCUUGUUCAGUGCUCUGGAAACAGUACACAGUGGGGACAAGUCCGAGGUGAAAGAGUAUCUGGUUGGUGACUACUCCAUGGGAAAAAGCCAAGCCCCAGUGUUUGAUGUGUUUGAAGCUUUUCUCAAUACCGACAACAUCCAGGUCUUUGCUAACGCAGCCACUAGUUACAUCAUGUGCCUUAUGAAGUUCGUCAAAGGACUGGGGGAGGUGGACUGUAAAGAGAUCGGAGACUGCGUCCCAGGAACAGGAGCCACAUCCACAGACCUUUGCCUCCCUGCCCUGGAGUACCUCCGCCGCUGCUCUCAGUUACUGGCCAAAAUCUACAAAAUGCCCUUGAAGCCAAUAUUCCUUAGCGGGCGGCUUGCUAGUUUGCCUCGAAGACUUCAGGAGCAGUCAGCAAGCAGUGAGGAUGGAAUCGAGUCGGUCCUGUCUGAUUUCGAUGAUGACACUGGUCUAAUAGAAGUUUGGAUUAUCCUGUUAGAGCAGCUCACAGCAGCUGUGUCCAACUGUCCACGUCAGCACCAACCACCAACCUUGGAUUUACUCUUUGAGCUGUUGAGAGAUGUUACCAAAACACCUGGACCGGGGUUUGGAAUCUAUGCAGUUGUUCACCUUCUUCUUCCCGUGAUGUCCCUAUGGCUCCGUCGUAGCCAUAAAGACCAUUCCUACUGGGACGUGGCCUCUGCGAACUUCAAGCACGCCAUUGGUCUGUCCUGCGAGCUGGUGGUGGAGCACAUUCAAAGCUUUCUACACUCAGACAUCAGGUACGAGAGCAUGAUCAACACCAUGCUAAAAGACCUCUUUGAGUUGCUGGUGGCGUGUGUGGCCAAGCCUACAGAAACCAUCUCCAGAGUGGGCUGUUCUUGCAUUAGGUAUGUCCUGGUGACAGCGGGCCCAGUGUUCACUGAGGAGAUGUGGCGGCUGGCUUGCUGUGCCUUGCAAGACGCCUUCUCCGCCACCCUCAAGCCAGUGAAGGACCUGCUUGGCUGCUUCCACAGUGGCACCGAGAGCUUCAGCGGGGAAGGCUGCCAGGUGCGGGUGGCAGCCCCCUCCUCCUCCCCCAGUGCCGAGGCCGAGUACUGGCGUAUCCGAGCCAUGGCCCAACAGGUAUUUAUGUUGGACACUCAGUGCUCACCCAAGACUCCCAACAACUUUGAUCAUGCCCAGUCCUGCCAGCUCAUCAUUGAGCUGCCUCCUGACGAGAAGCCGAACGGCCACACCAAGAAAAGCGUUUCUUUCAGGGAAAUUGUAGUGAGCUUGCUGUCGCAUCAAGUGUUACUCCAGAAUCUGUACGAUAUCCUGUUAGAAGAGUUCGUCAAAGGGCCCUCUCCAGGAGAGGAGAAGACGGUCCAAGCGCCAGACACCAAGCUGGCCGGCUUCCUCAGAUACAUCUCCAUGCAGAACCUGGCAGUCAUAUUCGACCUGCUGCUGGACUCCUACAGGACAGCGCGGGAGUUUGACACCAGCCCGGGGCUCAAGUGCCUGCUGAAGAAAGUGUCCGGCAUCGGGGGCGCUGCCAACCUCUACCGCCAGUCUGCCAUGAGCUUCAACAUCUAUUUCCACGCCCUGGUUUGCGCUGUUCUCACCAAUCAGGAAACCAUCACUGCCGAGCAAGUGAAGAAGGUCCUGUUUGAGGACGACGAGAGAAGCACAGAUUCUUCCCAGCAGUGUUCAUCUGAAGACGAAGACAUCUUUGAGGAGACCGCCCAGGUCAGCCCCCCGAGGGGCAAGGAGAAGAGGCAGUGGCGGGCGCGGAUGCCCUCGCUCAGCGUCCAGCCGGUCAGCAACGCCGACUGGGUGUGGCUGGUCAAGCGGCUGCACAAGCUGUGCAUGGAGCUGUGCAAUAACUACAUCCAGAUGCACCUGGACCUGGAGAGCAGCAUGGAGGAGGCUCCGGUCUGCAGAAGCGACCCCUUCUUCAUCCUGCCCUCCUUCCAGUCCGAGUCCUCCACGCCCUCGACGGGCGGGUUCUCGGGGAAAGACACGCCUUCCGAGGAUGACCGAAGCCAGUCGCGGGAACACCUGGGCGACACUCUGAGCCUGCGGGGGGCCAGUGGGGACGUGCUGAUGCUGCCGCCCAGCCCCAAGGUGGAGAAGAAGGAUCCCGGCCGCAAGAAGGAGUGGUGGGAGAACGCGGGGAACAAGAUCUACACCAUGGCGGCCGACAAAACCAUCUCGAAGCUGAUGACCGAGUACAAAAAGAGGAAGCAGCAGCACAACCUGCCCCCCUUCCCCAAGGAGGUCAAGGUGGACAAGAAGGGGGAGCCACUGGGUCCCAGGGGCCAAGACUCCCCGCUGCUGCAGCGCCCCCAGCACCUGAUGGACCAAGGGCAAAUGCGCCAUUCCUUCAGUGCUGGCCCGGAGCUGCUGCGACAGGAGAAAAGGCCUCGUUCGGGCUCCACUGGGAGCUCACUGAGUGUCUCCGUGAGAGAUGCAGAAGCACAGAUCCAGGCAUGGACCAAUAUGGUGCUAACAGUUCUCAAUCAGAUACAGAUCCUUCCAGACCAGACCUUCACUGCUCUCCAGCCAGCAGUGUUCCCGUGCAUCAGCCAGCUGACCUGUCACGUGACUGACAUCAGAGUUCGUCAAGCUGUGAGGGAAUGGCUGGGCAGAGUGGGCCGGGUCUAUGACAUCAUUGUGUAGAAGACUCAAAUUCCAUCCCCAAGGACAUAAAUAUCAGAGAGGUUCACAGUCGGCGUGCCAAUCCAGCUGAUAGCAUUUGCCACACUUAAACUAGGUCUCAAAGAACAAUGUUCCCUAAUGUAAAAAAAGAAAAAAGCCUUUCCAACCACUCCCUAAUCUGGACUAUUCUGGAUAAUUUGGUGGUAUCCAAGUGACACAGUGAUCCUCUGAUUUUGCACAUUAUUACAGAAGAGUCUACAUUCCUCAAUACAUUUCUAAACCUUAGUUUAUUUCCGAGAGUUUGUGCUUGCGAUUUUGUCCCCAAAUGGGUCUUUUUCAAGGGCCACUCCUUAGAUCCAUCAUUUUUAAAAUAAAUACAAUUCCUAAGAAACUAUCUGCUGGUAAGUCAAGCUGACGUAUAAACCCUCAGAUAUCUAGUACCAGACAUUAGUAAUUGGAAGAAAAUCUGUACUAUGACUGAGGGUUUGGCUGGGAAGAAAACAGCUACACACAAUGUAUUUUUCAAUGUCAUAAUCAAGAGAGAGAUGACUUCUGCUGUAAAAUAUUCCAGAACAUUUCAACAUUAUUACCAAGUGGUUAAGAUUUUCAGGUUAAUAUUCACCAACUUCCCCAUGUAAGGUACUAUUGUGCCUUUCUCUAUUUCUAAAGGAAGAAAACUUUCCGAGCAGGGCUUGAAGUCUGUGGAUUGGCAGCCUCUAACAUGAAGCACCCAGUGGUAUUAGCCAAUGCAUUUAUUGUCAAGAGACAUAAGACUGACCAGCUACCCUGCCUGUCCCAUUAGUCUUUGCUUUUGCUCCCAAGGCAGGAAAGGAAAGAAAAAAAAAAUGGUGCCUUAGUCUUUUGUUGCACAGACAUUUCUACACCCCACAAUUAUCUGAAUGCAAGGUACAAUACUUGGUUUUUAAGAGAACAGUAUACUAAGAUGCAACUCAUUUUAUAUCAAUACCUUUGGAGGAAAGGAACUCAGAGUCCUCCAUUCAGUGAGCAGAUUUCUCAGGGAAAGGGGCAGGAAGUAUGAAGUAGGGAGACAGCCGGCAGGGGUGGGAAAGGGGAUUAUGACGAAAUCAUUUUCAAUCUUAAAAUGACAACAAUCAUGAAAUCAUGGGUUCAGUUAUACAAACUGUAACCUCAGAAGAAAAUAAAACGAAAUUGGAAGGGGAUGUUAUGAAGUUUAGAAGAUAAUUUUUUUUUCUAUUUAAAUUUUCUCUAGCAAGUAGAUUUAAAGUCUUGUUAUUCAUAUCAAUUUUUAAGUGGAUAAUUCUUUUCCUAAGUAUUAUAAAAUGAAUGUGAAACCCUCAUUAUGAUUUUUUUCUCUGCACCUCCCCCACCCCUUGUGCUGGGGAUUAAGCCCAGGACCUUUCUCAUGCUAAGCACACAUUCUACCACUGAGUCACACCCCAACCCUUACUCUAUUUUAUAUGUCUUACAUUAUAAUGAUUGAACCUUUUCAAUCAAGCCCACUUAUAUACAUUCUAGACAACAGAAUUAGUUACCACAUACAUGACUUUUUCCCAGUGUCUAAAAAUGUAUUCAUGUAUCAAUUCUUCAGUAUUGAAGUACACAUUUUAAAUGGAUUGAACUUUAUCCAGUGAUGGUAUUCAUAAGUUUUGCCCUUCUUGAGAAUUAUGUAGUUAUCUACAACGUUAAGAGCAAAGCAAGGUUCUCCAACUUAUUUAAGUGAUCAAAAAGAAUUUUCAUUAUCCAGUAUGCUAUCAAGAAAUAAUCACCGAAUCUUCUAGUUCCACAAAACAUUCUUUGCCUUCAAUUUUUACUCAUUAACCAACAAUUCAAGUUUAGGAACAGAUCGACUAGUAUUGCUAUUUAAUAGGCAUUAAAUUACAAGGAGAGCAAAGAGCUGUGUUCUAUCCAUAACUUUUAAUUUUUAUACUUGGUAAGUGGAAUUGAAAGUUGGGUAAGACUCCCCUCCUAAACAAAAAGCAGUUCACCAUGGUUGUUUUGUUUCUGUUUUUGUGACUCCUUUAGGGUUCAGUUCUCCUUUAUGAGCUUAUGAGUACUCUGCAAUUUACUGGGGGGAAAAGUUUCAGUAAAGCAGAAUAUAAAAUUAGAGCGCUUACAAAAUGUUUAUACAUAGCAACUUUUCAUAAAGUAUAAAAAUUUAUCCAAGCACGGUGGCACACACCUGUAAUCCCAGCUACUUGAUAGGCUGAAGCAGAAGGAUCACAAGUUGGAGGCCAGCUCAGCAAUUUAGCAAGACCCUGUCUCAAAAAAUAAAAAGGACAGGGGAUGCAACUCAGUGAUACAGCUCCCCGGGCUUAAAAAAUUAAAACAAAAAUUCAAAGGAGGCCAGUGUCUCAUGUGACAGAAGUAUGUUUGAAAUCAGAAUUCAUACUCCCACAGAUUUCUAUUACGAGAUCAAAGUCUAGUUCAUGAAAAUAAGUUUCCCCGAUACUGAGUCUAAAUGCUGUUCUGUACCAACCUGAUUAUGGGCCCUAAGAAUUAGAAGACGAGAAAGUAUACCCAGUUCUUUAUCAACAGUUUUGUAAGAGGUUUUUGGUCCUUCCCAUCGUCUUGUUGAUACCCCAUACCAAGUCCCAUGUUGCUCAUAAGCCCGCCUCCAUGCCUAAUGUACUGUGAGCUCCAGCACUACAUAAACCACGUCAGAUUUCAACCAGCAGAAAAGUGUGAAGUCCCAGCAGCAAUACUUCAGGGCACGGUGCAGUUUUCCAGGAGGACAUUGUCUGAUGCAAAGAAGUCCCUUUGAGUAGGACUUGAGGAGAUGGAGAAGAAUGAGAGGGAAUUAGGAACACAUGGUACACAAUGGCCUCUCCCAGGCCAGUCGGACCCUCACACCUUUCCUGGUGUCUCCAUUCCCACAUUGACCCCUCUCUUCCUUCACUCGCUCCCACAGUCACUUUUUAGGCAGCUCUAAGAUCAAGAUUAAGGUCAAGGCAGCCUUCUGAAGUUAAAUAUGGGCGUUAGCAUUGUAUGUACAGAUCUAAGCAGAAUAAGACUUAAUACAUUGCUUCUAGUUACCUGUAUUUACUGCCAAAAUGUAUUACUUGAGGCCGAGACUUCUCUCUCCUUAUAGUUUGGUAAAGUGUGCCACAUGAAACAGGCAUUUGGAAAACGCCAACUAUGAGAGAAUCACUGAUUGACAGCCCAGCCAAAUACUCCCACUCUUUGCCAGAGUUCUCCCAGCUGUUUUGGUAAUGGGCAGCUAAUAAAUUGUUCAUAGACCCUUGCCUAGCUCUAUGAACACAGGUCUUGGUUUUUUGCUGCAGUGCUGGGGAUCAAGCCCUGGGCCUCGCACAUGCUUCAUAGAUACUGAAAUGGAAAGUCUUUUUCAAUUUUUAGGCUCUUUAAUGACCAAUCAAUAAGGACCCAGGCAGAUACUAUCUAUCUACUAAAUAAUUUAAUAGCUUAAAUUAUUUUAAAUCGAACAUGACGAAAUGUUAAUUCAAAAGCACCUGUGAUUUUUUUUUUUUUUUAGUUAUACAUGACAGUAGAAUGUAUUAGUACCUCUGAUUUGAGAUAUGCUGGUACAAUGUCACUAGGCUUCUUGUUCUUGGUUUCAGAAGGCUUAUACAGUCCAUGGAGAGUCUCCCCAAAUACACCAUAGCUGUGCUUAUGUAGGCACUCUUUCUUUCCCAGGAGGGAAACUCCAUCAGUGUCAGUCCCAUCAAACUGAACAAGAUGAAGACCUUUGUUUAGAACUGAUAAUAGCAGGAGGUAACAAACAUCAGAGAGGAAGUGACUAAGUGUCACUGUGAAUAUAAACCUUCACCUUGUCAUAUUUAGUUUUUACAGUAGCCUUAUAAAAUAGGUAUUGUUUUUCUCAUUUUUUCAGAUGAGAACACAGACCUUGAGAGGUUCAUAAAUUUUCCCUACAAGUGAAAUGCAAAGUUGACUUCAAAAGAAGUAUUGCUGAACUCAAAGGCUUCCCCCAGCACCAUGCUCUAAGUGUCUGGAGGAAACUCUAGUGGGAAAGAGAUAAUCUCAAGGAACUAAGCAGUUCAACCGAGAAUAUUUGCUUGAGAUCCCAGCCCUGUCUAGGAUGUUAUGGAGAUAUUUUUAAGUAAGAUUUUUUUAAUUGUGUUUCUGUAUAGAAGAUCAUAUACAUUUCAAACAUAUCAGCGUUUGAAAAUAAGGAAAAUCGAAAUCUAAACUUUAAUCUUAAAGCAAAACACUUAGUGUUAGAAAACCCACUAAGUUAGAAAUGAUGAAACACUAUUCAUGGCCAGCUAUUAAUGCAGGAAAACCAUGGCAGGCUAUGUCUGGAAUGGCAUGCAUAAUUCAUAAACCUUUUAAAUAUCAUUUAACCAACUAAGAAUAAAGUGCCCUGUAGCCAGCAGUGCCUCUCUACUUGCUUCUCUGGGAAGUGCUAAAUUUGUAAGUCAUCAAAGUUUGGGAAUAUGCAAGCAACCGUUUUUUAAAAUGUACACUCUCUGAAGAAGCAACUGGAAAUAAUAUUAUUUAAAGAUCUAGGUACUGAGGGCAUCAGGAUAGUAUUCAUAGCAACCAUGUGCCAUAUGACCUCAAUAUUGUACUUGCUCUACAGACAAGGAAGCAGGCAAAAACCACAGGGUCCUGCAGUAAGCCAAGGAGAAAACGUAAACGUGUUUGGGUACUACUUCAGUGAUCCCAGCGAGAUCUGGUGUGGCCUUAGAGAAGCAAAAGAGCUUUUUUGAGUACCUUUUUCUUUUAAAUAUGAGCUUGAUAUUGGGAAAGAUUUAUGAAGUUGGUAAAGAACUUGAUCUAUAAUUAUGCCUUCUCAAAAAAAACAUGUUCUCUUUAUUCACUGGUAGAACAAUCUAGAAAACUUACAUUUGUUUAUUUGUUGACAGAUUCCCUUCCUCUAGCUGAAUCGAAGUGUUUGUAUUUGAUGUAGAAGUAAUAAGACUUUGGAAUGUAAUACCAUUUUUAUUUCCAAAACCACAAAAAUACUCCUUUAGGGAAGACAGACAAAAGAACAUUCCCACUUCCUUAUUAACAGUGGCACCAUUUAUUGAUUGGAGAAAAAACAUUACUAUACCACUGGCACCCCAUGAAACCUUCUCUCUCUCUCUUUGUAAAACACCACACAGGGGUUCCAGGGAGGAAGGACUGACCGACCAUCUUAGUGACAGAAGUACACUCAACUGCUGGAAGGUUCAUCCAGUUAUGGUCCUUCCUUCCUUUUCAACCAAGAGAAUUAUUUGUCCUGUUAAUUCCUGUCCUGGCAGCUUAAUCCAUGCUUUUCUAGUUUCUUAUGUCUUAAGAACAGUGGUUCUCAAACUUUAGCACAUAAGAAUCAUGGGGUGGUGGGGUGGUGGGGUGGGGAGGUGUUGAUGAAAUACACAUUGCUGGGCCCACACCUAAGAGUUUCUGAUUCAGUCAAUCUGGAAAUGAAUAUUCCUAACAAGUUCCUAGGUGAGGCCAAUGCUGCUUCUCUGGAGACCACUCUUGGAGAAUCACUGCCAUGAAAAAUAUCCAACUCCUAACUUUAAGAUCAGCCUGACUUAUCAAGCACUAGAGAAAACCUGAACUUACCCUUGGGCAGACAACUCUGGGUUGGAUUACCUGCAACAUUCCUGUUCAGUCUCCCCAGUUUCCAGUUUUCUUAUACCAACCAUUGGUUUUUUACAUGCUAGAAGACAAUGAAUGUAUAAGUUCUAUGGAACAGUGAUACGUCUAAGCUUCUCGUCCUUGUAUUUAGAAACACUGAUUUUAUGAAUGAUUGUUUGUUUCAUGUUGACCCUUUGACUUGUACUGAAAGUGGUUUAAGGAUGUAGUGUUUGCAUUUCUUCCUGUGUGGUUUUAAUGAGAUGUUUCCAUGUUGGCUCCAUUCCAACUUUGGCUCCUGGCUUACAGAGGUUUCUGAGUAAUUACUCCCUUGCCAGUUGUUUUACAUCUUGCAUUUGUCAUUGGAACAUCAGUGUUUCAAAAAGACAUGGCACUACUUGCUGUGCCUUCAUCUUUCACUUAACUGUCUGCUGUAAAUUAGUAUUUUAAUUUUGUAUAUAUCUGUAAAGAGUCUACCAAAUGGCUUCAUGGAAAUUUGCAAAAUGAACCAACUCCCUUUUGAGCAGUAGAUGCGCCUGUUGUGACUUUUCAGUAAAUGUGUGCUUGUGCGCGUGACCUGCAUCAUGGAGAUGUUGUUCAUUAUCUUACCUUUCAAAUUCUGGGAAAAUGCAAAAGUGAAUCAAUGUACUUUCAAAAUACAAUGAAAUUAUGUUAGCUCAAAUAUAGAUGGGGCCUUAGUUUACCUUUUAACUCUUUCUUCAAUUAAUGAGCUUUAGAAAUUAUUUUUCCAUUAAAAAGUAAGGAGCAGAGUGAAUGAUUCAAGAAGAAAAAAUUAAGGACCUUAAAAUCAUCACUCACUUAUAAACUAUAUUGAUUACAUAUAAUUCUUACCAAUUCAAUAAAGUUCCUCUAAAGACUUCUGCUUAAUAAAUACCCUGACAUAAUUUAACUUAGAUGACUGUAUGAAUAGAAAGUAGUAAUUGUAGGUAUAGAAUUAAUGAGAUCAAAAACCAUAUCGGUGUUAAUAAGAUCAGGUAUUGCCUCUGUGGAUGGAAAUAAUUGGAGAGUUUAUUUCCCUUUUAUUUAUGCAUUAUUUUAACAACCAAUUUUAAUUUUAAUUUAAAAUCAAUCUCUAGAAAUAAUUUAUAUUCAAACUAUUUUAUCAACUGGUGCCAAAAACAGAAGAGUAGAAUCUGAAAGCCAGUCUAUUGAACUAGAAUAUAAAAUACUAGGUUUUAAGUUUAAGGAGGCGUAAGCCCCUGAUAACUACAAGCCACCAGUGAUCAUCCAUGGCUACCUCAUGAUGAUGCACAAGCUGCUUGCUAUGGCUCCCUCUGCGGUUCUUUAAUUUUAAUGUGUUGGAAGUGCUUAUCUUUAAAUAAAUAAAUAAUUGGUUUGUUUUCCCACUAAGUAGGCAAAGCUGAACAAAGAUGAGUGCUUUCGAUAUUUUGGGUUUCACUUUGGUUGAAACCACAUGGCAGAAUACCCAGGUAUGGCAUGAUGGGGCAGGAGGAGGUGCCUAUAGAGAAAGGUUAUUUUUGUUUCUUGGUUUGUAUUGGGUUUUUUGGGGGGUGGGUGGGGGGGAGUUAAAAACAAAAUGUUUAUUGCCCUAAUCAUGCCAAAAGACUACUAUCAAGAUGCUUUUCUAAGAGGAAUCAAUUUAAAUAAAUUACAUUAUAAACAGUUACCCUACUCCCAUCUAUCAUUUGAUAAAGCCAGUGGGUAGUAUGGGUCCUUUUAUCCCUUCUUGCAUUAUACCAAAGAAUCAACUUAUUUUCACUACAAAUUAUAAGUAAAUGAAGCUUGGUAUAGCCAUAAUGAUUUGAGUCAGUAUGCCAUUUUACCUAUAAAAUGCAAAAUUUAUCCUUGCAACCCCACUCACCAGGAGCCUUGAAGAUUUUUGUUCACUCCAAAGGCCUUGUCAAAGAAGUAGUUUGUUUUGUUUUUUAUUUAGUCAUUUUGAUCACAUUUACAUUUUUAAAAACUUGAGAACCAACCUCAUUUAUAUGUUGCUAUACCUAUUUCAUUUGAUAUCUUUUCAUUGUUUACCAGGUCUCUGUAAGCAAGCCUGCAAGUGUAUUUUGUGUACAUUUUAUCUGAGGUGAAAAAUGAAAAUUCUAAAGAGAAAAUAUUUUAAAAUAUAUUGUAUUUAUGUUGCUUGUGUUGUAGAAUAAAGACUCAAAUGCAUUAAAAAUUGA